GCCGCGCGGCGCCUCGCCGGCCCAAUCGGGAGGUGGCAUCUUGGGGCUACUCUUGCUACCAGCCCCAUCUCUAUGGUCCCAAGGGGUGGUAAGCUCCCAAGAUGGCGGUGUCGGCGGCGGGCGCCGUGUCGGUUUCUAGCCCUGAGCCCCCCGGGGCGCUGUCGGGGCCGGGGCCGGACGAAGCCCGCGCCCCCGAGGAGGAGCUGCCCGCGCUGGACGCGGCCGAGGUGCGCAGCCGCCUGGAGCGCAGCGCGCGCCAGUUCCGCAACCGACGCAAGGUGCUGAUCCGCGGGCUGCCCGCCGACGUCACCAACCAGGAAGUUCAUGACCUACUGGGCGACUAUGAACUGAAGUACUGCUUUGUGGACAAGUACAAGGGCACGGCGUUCAUCACCUUGCUGAAUGGAGAGCAGGCGGAGUCAGCCAUCCACAAGUUCCACCUGAGCAAGCUGCGGGACAAAGAGAUCUCGGUGCAGCUGCAGCCCACAGAUGCACUGCUUUGCAUUGCCAAUCUGCCCCGGCACUACACCCAACAGCAGUUCGAGGAGCUGGUGCGCCCCUUUGGCAACCUGGAGCGCUGUUUCCUGGUGUACAGUGCCCACAGUGGGCACUCCAAGGGCUACGGCUUUGUGGAGUACAUGAAGAAGGACUCGGCUGCCCGUGCCAAGUCUGACCUGCUAGGCAAGCAGCUGGGCACGCGGACACUGUAUGUGCACUGGACGGAUGUCAGCCAACUCACCCCUGACCUGCUGCACUCCAAGUGCUUGUGCAUAGACAAGCUGCCUCACAACUAUGGGGACCUGGAGGAGCUGCGCCAGGCCUUCUCAGCUGCCAGUGCCCCCACCUUCUGCCAACUGGCGUAUGGACAGGAUGGGCAGCUGAAAGGCUUUGCAGUCCUGGAGUAUGAGUCAGCAGAGAUGACAGAGACGGUCCAACAGGCCACAGAUGGGCUGCUGCUCGCUGGGAACCACAUCCGAGUGUCUUUCUGUGCCCCAGGUCCCCCUGGCCGCAGCAUGCUAGCUGCACUAAUUGCUGCCCAAGCAACGGCCCUUAACCGUGGGAAAGGCCUUCUGCCUGAGCCUAACCUCCUCCAGAUCCUCAACAGCCUGGGGAACCCAGCCUCGCUCCAGCUGCUGCUCAAUCCCCUGCUCCACGGUGCUGUCAGCGGAAAGCAGGGCAUCCUCGGCGCUGCCCCAUCACUGCCUCUCGUGACCAGCCCGGCUCUGUCCACAGCUCUGCUCCAGCUGGCACUGCAGAACCAGACACAAGCUCAGCAGAAGCCUGGGAUUCUGGGGGACUCUCCCCUCAGCUCGCUGCAGCACAGUGCUCUGGGGAUAGCAAGCGCUGCAGCACAGCCUGCCAGCCAGCUGCUGGGAGAGCUCCCCUCAGGUGGCCCCCUUCCAGCAGACAUGGCACAGGGGCAUGUAAAGUCGCCGAUCCUGCCCUCCGCUAACGUGCCCCUGGCAUCCUUCCUGGGGCCCAUGGGGGUGGAGCGGGAGACACCUGUGCUGAGUGCCCAGCUGAGCCCAGCACCAGGCACACCACCAGCCCUGCAGGGCCUUACCUCCUCCCUCCUGGGAUCUGUCAUCAGUGGGCUCCAGAAACCAAAGCAGAGUGAGAAUGGACCUCCUGCAUCCGGGGUCUCGCUACUGGGGGAGCCACCUAAAGACUUCAAAAUUCCUCUGAACCCCUACUUGAACCUGCACAGCCUCCUGCCUGCUGGGAGCCUUGGAGGUGUGGCUGGCAAAGCCUUCAGCCUCAAAACUGGCACGCUAGGCAAUGUCUCCAACCCGCGGCUUCCACCGUCAUCCCUGUCGGAGCCGCUGCUGCCCUCACCUGGGCUGGCAGGAGACAGCUACACCUUCGACUACCAGCCGGACUUGGGAUCCCGUCUGUACCCCCCGACAAGAGAGCCUGCAGGGCCCCUGCUGGGUGGCUUUGGGCACGGCCGGCACAAGAUGCCAGCACCGGCACCAUCAUCCCCUGCAUUUGAGCGCAGCAGUCUGGGGUCACCCCUGCCACCCUUCUACUCAGGGUCACCCAGCUCCUACUUCACCAGUGGCCUACAAGCAGGGCUGAAGCAAAGCCACCUGAACAAAGCUGUCGGGAUGCCCCCAGUGGGCACUGGGGACAACAUCCUGGGUCUGGGACUAAACAGUCACUCACAUGGUUCCCACAUGAAGACCCCAGUCGGCGGGCAGAAACGGGCCUUUUCUCACCUGCUGCCGUCUCCAGAGCCCAGCCCAGAGGGUGGCUACGUGGGGCAGCAUUCUCAGGGCCUAGGUGGCCACUAUGCAGAUUCCUACCUGAAGCGGAAGAGGAUAUUUUAGCCCCUUCACGCCGAAGCUUGCUCAUGCUGUAACCCCCCCCGCCCCUUCCCCUUCUUCCUCUCCAUUCCCUGACAUGUAAAUCUUGUAAAAAAACCUUUUUUUUUUUAAUGUUAUCUGGAUUUUGAGUUUUUUAAGUGUGUGUGUGACAGAUUCGGCUGCCCUGUGCAUUUCCUGGCCAGGGGAUGGUGGAGCCCUUUCUGCAGUGGUCGCUGCUUUCCUUGCCCUGUGAUGCAGGCAGAGUGGAGGUGGAUGUCUGGACUGAACUGGACCUCCCUCAGCCAUGGAGAUGUAUCCCUGUGAGGAGCAGAGCCAUCUCUGCCACCUUUGGCAUUACCAGGGAUCCGAAGUGGUGGCCUGAAGAAGCUGCUGGGUUUGGAGUGCUGUCACUGGGAGCCGUGUUUCCAUCCUGCCUGAGGUCCUGGGUCAGGACAGGAGGCCUCAGGAAGACCCACAUGUUUCCAACCUUAAAAACUUUGCUUCAGAGAAAGGAACAUGACUGGACUCCCUGAGGUUCCUCGCUGCAACCGUGAUGCCUGCAGUGGCAUUGAUGCUUGUGGGCCCCAUGCUGGGGACAACUAAGAGGCAUGCGGGGUCCUGUUGAUGCUGCAGCACCAAGGUGGAACUGCUGGGUUCCCUGCCUUGCCCUGUGGGCUCCCUCAGAGUGUGCCCAAGAUGCAGUGCUCUGUGGGGCUUGUCAAGCCCGCGGCUGAGCCCAGCCUCUGACUCUUUGCACUCCCGUUUGUUCCCCUUUUUUUUAAUAACUUCGCUGCCUUUUGCUUGCAGCGCCGCUGCCAAUGAGGGUUAUAAGUUGGCCCUGUAAUUUCCCACUUGUUUUUAUUUCCUUUUCUUUUUUGACUCAUUAGGGCAGAGAUCCUGGCCUGCUGGGGAGCGGAGCUUCCUUUAGUUUUUCUACUGGGCACAAGCCCUUGUAUUUGAGGUUCCUGUUGGGGGCAAGGGUCCCCCUUGUGCUCCCGCAGUGCCAGCUGGUACUUGGAAUCCACUACUGUGUGCCAGCCAUCCUGGAUGUGGCACCCUGCCAACUGGCUCUUAGGGCGUGUCCACACCUCCCAGCCCCAUGCUGAAGCCCAAGUGGGGCAGACCAAGGCCCAUGGAGCCAGGCAUUCAAGCUGCCAGCGUCCUCUCUGCAGCUGCGUUUUCCCUGAAGCUGCAGUGGCAGACCAGGAGGAGCUUCAGGUGUUGCAAUCUUAACUGCAAGCUACAGAGAAAGAAGUGGCUGGCUCCGAGCACUGGGUGGAGCAUGCGGAUUUCCAAAGCAGGGCUGUACCGUGGCCAAGGACCAAGUGCAGCGCUGGGGGUGGAUCUGCCUGUCCCCCUGUGGGUGGGCAUGUGGUGCUGGGCCUACGGAGCAUCCCUUUCUCAGCACUUUUUAGGGGUUUCUAAAGUUGCUAUGUUUCUACUGUAGAUAUGGUCUGGGUUGCUGUACUUGUCUGGGGAUUCAGAAUCCCCCGAGCUGGAUCUUGCCUUCCUAAAGUAAAGCUAUAUUUAUAUCAA